CAGCCUCAACAGCAUGCCGAGGAGAAAGCAGCAAGCACCCCGGCGCUCGGCAGCUUAUGUUCCUGAGGAAGAACUGAAGGCAGCAGAAAUAGAUGAAGAAAGUGUAGAGGAUGAUGGGUUGUCUCUGGACAUACAGGAAAGUGAGUAUUUGUGCAAUGAAGAAACAGAGAUCAAAGAGGCUCAGAGCUACCAGGACUCUCCAGUAAGCACUGCAACUAAUCAGGAUGCAGGGUAUGGGUCACCAUUCAGUGAAAACAGUGACCAGGUAGCCCAUUUCAAAAACUCUUCAUCUAAAGAAGAAAAAGAGGAUCCUCAGUCAACAGACAGUGCACCCUACCCACAAGACAGUUUGGCACAAAUCAAAGCCGUGUAUGCAAACUUACUCUCUGAAUCCUGUUGGUCCAGUCUAGCCUUGGAUUUAAAGAAAUCCAGUUCGACAACCAGCAACAAUGAAUCCAGCCAGAAUGAGAGCACCACCACUACCACCCCCACCUCUACCACAACCACCAGUACCAGUGCCAGCACCCACAGCACCAGUACCAGUACCCACACAAGUACGGGCACCAGCACGAAUAGCAGCAGCAACACUGGCAACAGCAACAGCAGCAGCUCUGGGUACGACUGGCACCAGGCAGCCCUGGCUAAAACUUUGCAGCAGACUUCCUCCUAUGGACUCCUCCCAGAGCCUAGCCUUUUUAGCACGGUACAGCUUUAUCGGCAGAACAACAAACUGUAUGGAUCGGUAUUCACGGGUGCUAGUAAAUUCCGAUGCAAAGACUGUAGCGCCGCCUACGAUACCCUGGUGGAGCUCACAGUGCACAUGAACGAGACUGGACACUACCGGGAUGACAACCGAGAUAAGGACUCAGAAAAGACCAAGAGAUGGUCUAAGCCCAGGAAGCGAUCGCUGAUGGAGAUGGAGGGCAAGGAAGACGCCCAGAAAGUGCUGAAAUGCAUGUACUGUGGACAUUCCUUCGAAUCUUUGCAAGACCUGAGUGUCCACAUGAUAAAAACAAAGCAUUACCAGAAAGUGCCUCUGAAGGAACCAGUGCCGGCCAUCACCAAACUGGUCCCUUCUACCAAAAAACGAGCACUUCAGGACUUGGCUUCGCCUUGUUCACCUGAGCCAACAGGGAUCUCGGCAGAAGUGGUGCUGACAGAAUCGGCGAAAGAUCAGAAAAUGGCAAACCCGUAUGUGACGCCGAAUAAUCGUUAUGGCUACCAGAACGGUGCAAGCUACACGUGGCAGUUCGAGGCGCGCAAAGCCCAGAUCCUGAAAUGCAUGGAGUGCGGCAGUUCCCAUGACACCUUGCAGCAGCUGACCGCCCACAUGAUGGUCACUGGCCAUUUCUUGAAAGUGACCACCUCAGCCUCCAAGAAAGGAAAACAGCUCGUGUUGGAUCCCGUGGUUGAAGAAAAGAUACAGUCUAUACCCUUGCCACCCACCACACAUACCCGGCUACCCGCCUCCAAUAUUAAAAAGCAGCCCGACUCUCCUGCAGGAUCGACGACCUCUGAAGAGAAGAAGGAGCCAGAAAAGGAGAAAGUCUCCACUGCCAGCGAAGCCGAGAAGAAGAUUAAGGAGGAGAAUGAGGACUCCUCAGAAAAAUUCGAGACGACCACCGUUUAUCAGUACCUGCGAGAGGAGGACCUGGACGAUAGCCCCAAGGGUGGCAUCGAUAUUUUAAAAUCUCUAGAGAACACAGUGACCACUGCUAUCAGCAAGGCUCAGAACGGGGCGCCCUCCUGGGGAGGAUACCCCAGCAUCCACGCCGCCUACCAGCUCCCAGGAACAGUGAAACCUCUGCAGCCCGCUGUACAGAGUGUGCAAAUGCAACCCUCCUACGCCAGCAGCGUGAAGUCCCUAUCUUCAGAGCACAAUGCACUAGUCCAUUCUCCAGGUAGUCUCACCCCCCCACUUCAUAAAAGCAAUGUAUCUGCUAUGGAGGAAUUGGUGGAAAAGGUGACGGGUAAGAUCAACGUGAAGAAGGAGGAGAAAGCGGUGGAAAAGGAGAAGAGUUCUCCGCCUAAGCCCACGUCUCCUGUCGCGAAAGAGAACAAGGAUUUCCCCAAAUCCGAGGAAGUGAACAAACCACAGCAGAAGAAGAGUCCUGAGGCGGACAUGCAGAAGGCCAAAAAGGACAGUCCAGCAGAAGCUCAUACCCCAAAUGGUACAGAGCCUCUCAAAGUAAAAGUCACCAAUGGCUGUAAUAAUCUUGGGAUUAUCACAGAUCAUUCACCUGAGCCAUCUUUCAUUAACCCACUGAGUGCUUUACAAUCCAUUAUGAAUACCCACUUAGGCAAAGUUUCUAAACCUGUCAGCCCUUCUUUAGACCCCUUGGCAAUGCUGUAUAAAAUUAGUAACAGCAUGUUGGACAAGCCUAUCUACCCCACUACCCCAGUCAAACAGGCUGACGCCAUCGACCGGUACUACUAUGAAAACAGCGACCAGCCCAUUGACUUGACCAAGUCCAAAAAUAAACCCCUCGUUUCUAGCGUAGCUGAUUCAGUCUCGUCGCCUCUUCGGGAAAGUGCACUGAUGGACAUCUCUGACAUGGUGAAGAACCUCACGGGUCGCCUGACUCCCAAGUCUUCGACCCCUUCCACGGUGUCCGAGAAAUCGGACGCUGACGGGAGCAGCUUCGAGGAGGCUUUGGAUGAGCUGUCACCUGUCCACAAGAGGAAGGGGCGGCAGUCUAACUGGAAUCCUCAGCAUCUGCUGAUCCUUCAAGCUCAGUUCGCUUCCAGCUUACGAGAGACUCCUGAAGGGAAAUAUAUUAUGUCAGACUUGGGCCCACAGGAACGGGUGCACAUCUCUAAGUUUACUGGUCUUUCCAUGACCACCAUUAGCCAUUGGCUGGCCAAUGUGAAGUAUCAGUUAAGGAGGACAGGGGGAACUAAAUUCCUAAAGAACCUAGACACGGGGCAUCCUGUUUUCUUUUGCAAUGAUUGUGCCUCUCAAUUCAGGACUGCUUCGACGUACAUAAGUCAUCUAGAGACACACUUGGGCUUUAGCUUGAAGGAUCUGUCCAAGUUGCCACUCACUCAGAUUCAAGAACAGCAGAAUGUUUCAAAAGUCCUCUCAAACAAAACUUUGGGCACACUGGGAGUUGCCGAGGAGGACUUGGGCUCCACAUUCCAGUGUAAGCUCUGUAACCGGACUUUUGCAAGCAAACACGCAGUCAAACUGCACCUUAGUAAAACACAUGGCAAAUCCCCUGAGGACCACCUGAUCUAUGUAACUGAAUUAGAAAAACAAUAGCGUCCAGGUAUGCAAGUGACCAUGGGAACAUUGCACUAAAACUUCUGAAUAGUACUGCACUAGGCCUGAUCUGAGCCUCUGAAAUCAGUCUUACUUUUGUUGUUGAACUGCCUAUCUGGACCUUGGUUUUUCUUACACAUAUUUUGUAGUUCUAUUUAUAUGCUCUU